AUGGCUUUAGUUUCAUAUGGAACCAAACAUACUGAUGCUAUUUGAAUGCUCAUGUAUCAUUGAUUCAUUGCUCUGUUGAUCUUCAUUUUCUAUUUAGAUCAGUGGAAAAGCUUCUAUACAUGCCUAUGCAUAAAACAACUAUGUCAAUUUGAGUAUAUUGCAUCAGCCAUGUAAACAGUUCUAUUCUUUAUUUUAUUUUUGCAUCAUGUCGAUUUGAGUCUAUUCUUAUCUUGAUAGGUAAGAACUGUGAAGGUUAUCAAUGUUUCCUUAAGUGCUUCCGAGCAAGACAUCAAGGAAUUCUUUUCGUUUUCUGGUGAUAUUGAAUAUAUUGAGAUGAAAAGUGAGAAUGAGCGAGCUCAAAAUGCAUUCGUCACUUUCAAGGAGCCUCAAGGUGCAGAGACUGCAGUUCUACUCUCGGGAGCAACUAUAGUUAACCAAUCUGUUACCAUUGUUCUUGCACCAGAGUACACUCUCCCUCCUUUUACAACUACACUUUCAGAUCAACAAAACACCGCAACAGGGGGGCAAGGUGUGGGAGGUGCUGAAUCUGCUGUUCAAAAAGCAGAAGAUGUCGUGAGCAGUAUGUUGGCAAAAGGUUUCAUACUGGGAAAAGAUGCAGUAAACAAAGCCAAAUUGUUUGAUGAGAAAGUCCAGUUUACAUCAACAGCUGCAGCAAAAGCAGCUACAAUAGACCAGAAGAUUGGUCUAACUGAGAAAAUCAACCUGGGGACAACAUUAGUGAAUGAGAAAGUGAAAGAGAUGGAUCAGAAGUUUCAGGUGUCUGAAAAGACAAAAACGGCCUUUGCGACUGCAGAGCAGACUGUAAGUGUUGCGGGAUCUGCCCUUAUGAAGAACCGGUAUGUGCUGACUGGGACCGCCUGGGUCGCCGGAGCUUUCAGCAGGGUGACGAAAGCCGCCGGAGAAGUGGGACAGAAGACCAUGGAGAAGGUGGCGGUGGAAGAACAGGCGGCUGGAACGGGAACCACCAGGACUACUCAUCAAGAACCACCGCCUACUUCUACACACCCUGCUACUAGUUGAACAAGAGCACCACAUGAUCAGGUCUUGUUGCUUCAGUCAAGUGUUAGGCUGUAGAUUAUGCAGGAUUUAUGGAUUUUAUUAUUAUGAA